UGACGUAAACAGGAAGUGUGCUCCAUCCAAGUUCUUUUGUUCGACACUUUUCCAACAAGCCAAACGUGGCACCCUGUGAAUGUUUAGUGUGCUCACAUUCUCUUGAAAAGGAGUUUUUCGAGUGUCCUCUGGGAGCGGAAUGGCUGACGGAAGCGGUUGUGCGGCUCCGGUGGCCCGCACGGUUGUGCAACAAUGUCUGCAGGCGAGGUUGCAGGUGAAGCCGCCGGACGAGCACCAAGAAGCGCAGUGGGUUCAGAUCGAAAGAGGCAUGGUGGUCUACGUGAGUUUUUUUAAGGGCGCCACAGAAGACAUCCUGCCCAAGAUGGUUUCCACGUUACUGAACGUGCGUCUGUGCGAGUCUUCCACCGGCCAGACGGUUUCGUUGCUGGAUCUCCCGGGCAGCCUCCUGGUGGUCCCUCAGGCCACGCUGGGGGGCAAAGCCAAAGGCCGGGCCAUGCAGUACCACCACAACGUGGCCAAGGAGGUCGGACUGCGACUGUACGCCCGCUUCGUGGCCCUGUGCCAACAGGAGGUGACGGCGGCCGGCGUGAGCGUCCGGCACGGGACGUACGGGAACAGGCAGGUCCUCGACCUCAAAACCAACGGCCCCUACACGCACCUCGUGGAAUUCUGAACACGACCCGGAGAAGCGUCUACCUGUGCGUACGUACCCUUUGGAAUGUUUGUCUCACCAUUAAAAUACGGAAAUAAAACGGA